UUUUUUUUUUUUUUUUUACCCAUGAUUCCAUAUGGUAUGGAGCGGGGUACAUGUUGCCCAACAUGCCAGUGCAAAUGUUUUCUCAAUUAGUUGUCUUAUCUCCGGUGAGUGCGCUAGCAUCAGAUGAAGCUUGCUGACAGAGUAAUGGCGGUCAAAACCUCGGAAGGCUCCAUCAAAUGGCAGCUCUGCUACGACAUCUCGGCCAGGACGUGGUGGAUGGAUGAGUUCCAUCCAUUCAUCGAGGCCCUCCUGCCGCAUGUGCGCGCCUUCGCCUACACCUGGUUCAACCUGCAGGCCCGCAAGAGGAAAUACUUCAAGAAGCAUGAGAAGCGCAUGUCCAAGGACGAGGAGCGCGCGGUCAAGGACGAGCUCCUCAGUGAGAAGCCCGAGGUCAAGCAGAAGUGGGCGUCCCGGCUGCUGGCCAAGCUGCGCAAGGACAUCCGGCCCGAGUUCCGCGAGGAUUUCGUGCUGACCGUCACGGGCAAAAAGCCGCCAUGCUGCGUGCUCUCCAACCCCGACCAGAAGGGCAAGAUGCGGCGGAUCGACUGCCUGCGGCAGGCCGACAAGGUGUGGAGGCUGGACCUGGUCAUGGUGAUUUUGUUCAAAGGUAUUCCCCUCGAAAGUACUGAUGGAGAGCGGCUGGUUAAGUCACCACAGUGCUCGAACCCGGGGCUGUGCGUGCAGCCUCACCACAUAGGAGUUUCCGUAAAGGAGCUCGACUUGUACUUGGCCUACUUCGUACAUACUGAAUCGGGCCAGACUGAAAGUCCGAACCAAGCAAGCGAGGCUGACAUCAAGGACCAGCCGGAAAAUGGGCAUCUGGGCUUCCAGGACAGUUUCGUCACACCGGGUGUCUUCAGCGUCACUGAGCUCGUACGAGUCUCACAGAUGGUAUCUGGGCUAAGGACUCCGAAGUCUCACUGCCCGCUCAACUCCCGCUGUCUCCCCCGAGUGCGGCCCGCAAACCUGUACACCCGUCUGACAGAGAGGAGCGACCCCCCCACCCCACCCCCGAGAUACACCUGCUCCUAA